AUGCCUCUCGAGACACCCAACCGCAACAACAAAGAGCAAAGACGGCAAGAAAUCGAUGAUAUCAACGAACGAGAUGCCUUCACAAAGCUUGAUCCUUCAGGCUUCUUCAUCCGCCAUCCUCCCAAACCACACGAGUUGCACUCCUUCAUCACACCCGACGACAAGCUGUUCCAAACCAUACACAUGGGCGGUGCUGUUGUCAACCUAUCUCGCUGGAAACUAAAAGUCACAGGCAUGGUGAAGAAAACUCUCAUGCUAGAUCUGGACUCCCUGAGGCGAGAUUUCCUGGUGAGAACCAUCAUGUCUUUCCACGAAUGCUUCGGCAGUCCUCUCAAACCAGCAAUAGAAAACCCCUGGCGGAUCGGAAAUGUUCGCUGGACAGGAGUCCCUCUCAAAGAAAUUCUACUGCGCGCGGAACCACUUCCCGACGCUACUUUCGUGUGGUCCGAAGGUCUUGAUCGAGGCGAAUACGCCGGAGUUGAAGCAGACUGUUACCGGAAAGAUUUACCCGUAGAGAAAGCUAUGUGCGACGAAGUUCUCCUGGCUUUCGCUAUGAACGGUGAGCCACUCUCCAAAAAUCGCGGCGGGCCCGUGAGAUUGGUGGUUCCGGGAUGGUUUGGAACGAAUUCCACCAAGUGGAUUUCAAAGAUCGAAUUGCAGGAUCGGAGAGCUCCGGGUCCUUAUACGACGAUAUUCUACAAUGUGCCAGAACCAAACGGUACGAUGAAACCGGUUUGGAAAGUCGAUGUCAAUUCGAUGAUUUUCCGACCGCUCCCUGGAGCAGUAUUCGACGAACGAGCUAUUUCUGUCGAAGGAUGGGCUUGGGGCCCGGAGGGUGUUGAUCGCGUAGACGUCAGCAAAGAUGGCGGUAUUUCUUGGAUACGGAGUCAAUUGGGCGAUCGGGUUGAUUUCAGCUGGCAGAGAUUCUCGAUUGUCAUGAAUCUCGAACCAGGACCCUAUACUCUGGUUGCUCGAGCGUCUAUCAAUGGGGGCCAGAAGCAACCUUUGAGCAAAGCAAGAAAUCACUGCCAUUAUGUUCAGUGCGAAGUGAGGCCGAUAGAGUGA